AGCUACUUGUUAGCUACAUAGCACCAGUCAUUAACAAAAGGUACCUGUUUUGGGUUACUCGGGUACACACGGCCAGCUGCCCCUCAUUGGAUCUCAGAACAUCAGAUUUCCCUUUAGGUACCUGGUUUGACGGUGUCAACUCCCAACCACGACGCUCAGGCAUUCGCACACUUCGAGCCUCGAUCACGCGAUGUCGCAAAGCAAAGGUGGUCGUGGCGGUGCCGCUGUGAAGGGCAAGAAGUCUGGCAAGACAGGAGGCGAGGAGCAGAGAGAGGCUACCCUACAAGCUGUGCUCAUUGCGGAUGAUUUUCAGACACGGUUCUUACCUUUCUCCCUCGACAAACCAAGAUGUCUCCUUCCCCUCGCAAACACCCCCCUCAUCGAGUACACCCUAGAGUUCCUCGCCAUGAACGAUGUCAAGGAAGUUUUCAUAUACUGCGGCGCACACUCAGAACAGAUAGAGAAUUAUAUUCAGAAUUCUAGGUGGCUACCAAUCGCACAGUCCGGUCCCUUCUCGGUUCUCGAAUUCAUACGCGUUGCCGAUGCGCGCUCCGUUGGAGACUUCCUCAGAGACCUCGACGGUCGCGGGAUAAUCGGGGGCGAUUUCUUACUUGUACAUGGCGAUUUAGUUUCUAACUUGUCACUCGAGGGCGCCCUAGCUGCCCACAGGGCGAGGAGAGAAGCAAAUCGAGACUCUUGCAUGACUAUGGUCUUGCGCGAGGUCGGUGAAGGUGAGCAUCACACUAAGACAAGAACAAAAACGCCCGUCUUUAUCGUCGAUCCGAGGAAGAAUCGGUGCCUUCACUACGAAGAGACGAAUCCAUUCCAGGCAGACCACUACGUGGACCUCGACCCGACCGUACUAGAAGGUGCUGAGGCAGAGGCGCGAACCGAUCUAAUCGAUGCUCAAAUCGAUAUAUGUACUCCCGAUGUGCUUGCCUUGUGGUCCGAGAGUUUUGAUUAUGAGCUUCCACGGGCGAAUUUUCUACAUGGCGUCCUGAAGGAUUGGGAGUUGAAUGGCAAACUGAUACAUACCGAAAUUGUCACCGAGGGCUACAGCGCGAGAGCCACGAAUCUGCAAAUGUACGAUGCUAUAAGCCAUGACGUCCUAGGAGGGUGGGCCUACCCUUUCACGCCAGAUUGUAAUCUGCUGAAAGGCCAAACCUAUCACCUACAACGUGACAAUGUCUACCAGGAAGACGACGUCCUCGUCGGAGAUUACACAGAGAUAAUUGACGCCGUCCUCGGACGAGACACACAUGUUGGCUCCAAUAGUAUAAUACAGAAUUCCAUCAUUGGCCGAAAUUGUAAGAUUGGGAAUAACGUCCGGAUUACCAAUAGCGUUAUCUGGGAUGACGCUGAGAUUGGCGAUGAUGCUGUCGUCGAGCAUGCUAUCAUAGCAGACAUGGGUCACGUAGGAAAGGGCGCCGCGGUUCGUGAAGGUUCUUUGGUAUCGCGUGGAGUUCGGAUUGCUGAAAAAAUCGAUAUUGCGCCCACUACUGUGCUCUCUCUUCUCACUCACGACCACAAAUCUCUCGAUUCAGAACCUGGGGUUGUUGGGGCACAGGGUAAAGGCGCCGUAUUCCAAUAUCCAGAAGAGGAUGAGGUGGGAGCGGAAGAGCUCGCAAGGUUAGAAAACUCACUGAUUUUUGACCUAAACCGAUUCGACAUCGAUGGCUCGUCGGUAUCGAGUUUUGGGGAUGAUGACUUUUCCGAUGACGAGUCCGAGGCAGCUUCAGCAACACCCAGCCAACCUACCGCGCGCUCUCGUCUGUCGUCUUUUGCGUCUGAUGACUCAGGCGCACCUAACUUUUCUUCAUUCCAUGCUGAUGCCGUUCAUGGUCUUCUAGAGGUCUUACGAGGGUCUGUGGGUGACUUUGACUCAGAAAAGCUAGAGUUUACUUCGUUACGGCUCGCAAAUAACGCCUCAGAUGUGGCCAUGCGGAAAGCCGUAGCCACGGCAUUUGUCAGACGCGCGGUCGAGCUUAUGAACGCCGAAUCUGGUGGUGUAGAUGCAGUGAAAGCCGCCAAAGAGACGCUUACCUCUAGGGCAGGUGCGUCUGAUUUCGUGGCGGAUGUUGGCGUCGGUGGAGAUUCAGUAACAGAUCAGCUAGAAUUUGCUCUAGCCGUACAGAGAGCGUGCGUGAGCACCGCUAAGACCAUGGAGGUCGGUAAGGCCGGAAACCUCCUGGCCGCUAUGUUACAGCAGAUGUAUGAUUUGGACAUCUUAGAAGAGGAGGGACUUGUCGCUUGGUGGGAAGACGCCAGGGGCAAGGAAGGCGAGGUGAUGCCUGUUGUCAGGGCUAAGUGCCAACCACUGAUUGAAUGGCUCGAAAACGCCGAGGAAGAAAGUGACGAGGAAGAGACCGACGAGGAUGACGACUGAAGUAUAUUAGAAGUAUACUAGAAGCAAUGAAAUUGGUCACAUUGAUGAAUUGAAAGCCUGAUGAACUAGCGCAAGUCUCGGAAUCAUGAAGUGUGACAUCAAGGUACCCUACAAUAAAAAUAGCACGAGCCAUUUUGAUAUAGCUAUCCAAGGCCACGGAAUCAGUAAAUCCCCAUCCCAUUCUAGGCAUCCGGACCCAACCCGACUAACUCAUUCCAACCGGCAAAAAACACGAA